AUGGCCGAUACCAGAAUAUCACCUGGAGUUGUAGAUUCAUCUUUCAUAAGCCAAACCAAUCUUAGAACAUCAUUAGUUGAUUCCGCUACUUCAACAUCUCAAGAUGUUCAUCGUUUGAAUAAUUCCAAAUAUAUCCCUCCAUGGACUGAACCUUAUAUCAUAGGAGUUGCAGGGAAUUCAGGGUCAGGUAAAACCUCCAUUUCCCAAAAGAUUAUUGAACAUUUGAACCAACCAUGGACUGUUUUGUUGUCUUUUGAUAAUUUCUACAAACCCUUGACCAAAGAACAAAGUGUCAAAGCAUUUAAUAACGAAUGGGAUUUCGAUAGACCUGAAUCAUUAGAUUUAGAUCUAUUAGUUGAAGUGGUAGGGAAGUUGAAGAAAGGAGAGAAGGCAGAAAUCCCUGUUUAUUCAUUUGCAAGUCAUUCUAGAACCAAUAAAACCACCACCAUCUAUGGUGCUAAUGUCAUCAUCAUUGAAGGACUUUAUGCCUUAUACGAUCAAAGAUUAUUGGAUAUGAUGGACAUUAAGAUUUAUGUUGAUACAGAUUUGGAUAUUUGUCUUUCUAGAAGAUUAACUAGAGACAUUUUGUAUAGGAAAAGAGACUUAUCAGGAGCUAUGAAACAAUGGGAAACUUUUGUUAAACCUAAUGCUGUGAAAUUUUUAAAUCCAACUAUGAACAACGCAGAUUUGGUGAUUCCUAGAGGUUUAGAUAAUGUUAAUGCUAUUGACUUAAUGAUAAGACAUAUCCAAAAACAAUUGUACAUCAAAUCAUUGUCCCAUAUCGAACAUUUGAAAACUAUAGGUAUAAAUUUGAAGUUCAAUAUCGAAGAAUUCCCUAAUGUUAAAACUUUGAGAGAUACUAAUCAAACCAGAGGUAUCAAUUCCAUAAUUUUUGACAAAACCACAAAACUUGAUGAUUUCAUUUUCAACUUCAAUAGAGUUGCUACCUUAAUUAUAGAACAAGCAUUAGGUUUUUUGACCAGUUAUUCAAAAGUGGUGAUAAAGACCGAUCCUCGUAACUGUGAAUUCGAUGGGUUAGUUCAAGAUGAUAAAAUCUUAGCAGUAACGAUUAUCAGAUCAGGUGAUUGUUUCAACCAAUCCAUCAAGAGAACAUUCUUGGAUAUUCCAUUAGGUAAAUUGUUGAUUCAAUCAGAUUCAAGAACUGGUGAACCCCAAUUGCAUUUCGAAAAGUUACCUAAGGGGAUGACAGAGUUAACUCAUAAGAAAAUCAUGUUAUUCGAUGCUCAAAUAGUUAGUGGAGCUGCUGCUAUAAUGGCUAUACAAAUCUUAAUUGACCAUAAAGUUAAACAACAAGAAAUUAUCUUAUGUGCUUACCUUUCAACUGAGAUAGGUUUAAGAAGAAUCUUACGAGUUUUCCCUGAUGUUAAUAUUGUUAUUGGAAAAUUGAGUUCUAUGAAUGGUACAGAAAACUUCCCUGAUUAUAAUCAAGAGAAGUUUUUAGAUACUGAUUGGCAUUUUAGACAUAGAUUCAUUGAUUCGUUGUAUUUCGGAACACCUUAG